GCAUGAACGUACCACACUAGAGCUGAACGCACUCCUCACGUGGACUGUCCGACGUCACCGCCUCAACACGUGGCUCUGCACGGGAUUGGCCAAACCAGUACAGUUACGUCAUCACCAGGUCAAAGAAUGGGGGGCGUGGUUUAUGCAAAUGAGCAGCAUGGAGGGUUUCAGUGCAUGAUGAGACAGACAGAGUGCAGGACCAGAGAGGACAGGACCAGAGAGGACACUCAGUGAGACACUACAGGAGACAACAGCUGCAACAUGGAGCAAAUUAACUAUUUCUCUCGCUUUUCGCUUCAUCCUGAAGUCAGGACUGGAGGAAUGUAGGUCUGAUCAUCCCAACAGGAGAUGUUCUUCUGUGUUCCUGCUGCUGCAACAGUGAGCUCCUCUCUAACAUCCGGGUAUCAAACAAGGACAGAUCCAGAAUGCCAAAGGAACAGGGGCAUUUUGGGGAGCGGGUCGCCCGCAGCACCUCAAAGACCGCCAAGAAUAAGAGUAACAGCGACACUCGGCGGGCGUCCCAGGGUGGCACCCACAGGGGGCAAUCUGGAAUGGGUGUCAUGAGCAACCGCAGGCUGCGCUGUGACUCAGAGAAGGACUCUGGGUACUCAGAGGCCGGCUCAGACUCUGUGCACAACGAUGUAGACGACCAGCGCAGCAGUGUGAGCGAACCUCACAGGGAAAGCAGCAAAAGCUCCAACAACCGUGUGAACACCGCAGGCCACAACAUGCCUCCUUAUGAGGAGCGCACCCCUAUUUACGUCAUCAAUAACCUGGUGGUCAAGCCGUCUGGACCAGAGCAGCUUCUGCAUGCCCCCCUAGCGUGGGGUGGAGGUUGGCACAGCCUUACCAAUGCCAAACAACCCAACCAGCUCUUAUUGAUCCAACAGCCAACGAUGCCUGCCCCGUCCUCCUCUACCUCGACUCCUUCAGCCAGUAUAGCUGCACCACAAGAUCAAGUUAGGAAAGGAGGCAGCCGCGGCAACCAGAACCACAGCAGAAAGAACUCAUAUCUGCCCAUCCUGAAUUCUUACCCUCGCAUCGCCCCCCAGCCCAGGAAGGAGAGCAAUGAGGGCAAGGGUGCCACACGGGUGGAAGGGGUUAAGGAGAGUGGCAGUGAAGGCCAGAGCCAGAGUAAGAGAGUGUGCAUAGAGGAAGAUAAGAGAGAGGCUGCACCUCCCAGCAGCCACCUCCUGAAGCCCCAGCAGCUGCAGCGUAAAGAGGAUAGAGUCCAUUCCCACUCCCAGUAUAAAGGCUCCUUCCCCAGUUCAUCUCCCUUCCCACUGCCCAGCCACGCUUCCUCCACCACCCAACACAGUUCCAACAACAGCCAACAAAGCUUUGGCUCUGACAGCUUUGACUCCCCCUCCGUCUCCAGCUCCCAGACACCCUCACCACCGUCUUCCUCCGACUCCCCCCAGUCCUCCUCUCCUCCCUCUUCAUAUUGCUUUUCCUCCACGGCUCACAGCCCGUACCGCCCGGCUCCGGACAGCUCGUCCAUGCGCCAUCGACGUUUCCUCAACACGGCCGAGAUCCUGAACCAGUCGGGCCUGCUGGCCAUCACGCUACGCACCAAGGAGCUGCUGAAGCAGAACGCCGACACGGAGAGAGAAAUCGACCAGCUCCGUCAGCACACCCAUCUCCUGUGCCAGGUGGCCCAGGUCAGCCAGAACGGGUGCAACAAAGGUUCGGACGGCCUUGACAACCUCCUCCUGGCCAUGACCGAGUCAGGCUGCUACCCCAACUUAUACUUAAAUCAACAAAGCAGCAGCCACCAACAGAACAUAAGAACCACUAAGACACACAGCAGCAUGGAUGAUGGAACAUCACCACCCUCUCCACUGUUUGCCCCCUCGCCAGACAGACUGGCUGACGGUCCUCUGGACCUCAUGUCCUCCUCCCCCUCUGUUUCUUUUCCCAGGUCUCUCCCCAAAGCAGUCAUGGACAAGGACUACAGUGAUCUCGCUAUGUUUCUAGAGAGUUCAACACACAAUGAUUAUCUCCUCUAGUUUCCUGGGGAAGAGGACGUGGAUCUGUAAUGACUGGCAGGGUAACGUGUGGACCUAGCAAUACAGGAGAGCAUGGGUUUUGUUUGAAUUGUGCAAAAUGUCUUAGUGUAUAACUGAAUAUGACUAGGUGAAAGGGUGGAAUGGUGGUUUUCUUAUCCAAAAUGUAAUGUGUGGUUUAAAGUUGAACAUGAUAGAUAUAUUUUCCUACUUUGUAGUCAGGGAUUUGCUUAUUCCAGGUGCCCAUUUGUCAUUUGUAUUUUUGCCUUCUGUGGACAGGCCUGUCAAUCAGGUGGUCACAAUCACAGUCAGCGAUGGAUGUCCAACAUGUGACAAGAAGCAGUCAGAAAACUGAAACAUGUUUACGGAGAAAUAGAAAACACGAGUGCACCGUUGCCAUCACCACUCUGGUCUGUCGAGUCCCAGCAUUUAUAUUCUGAUAACAGCCUUUUGCUUCUCAGAGUUUGACAGAAGAAAAUAUCAUUACACACAGGUGCUGACAGACGUUCAGUGGAUAUUACAGCAUUUUACAAUUGCUUUGGCGCAGCUUUCACAAAGUUUAAUUGUGCAAUACUCUUAAUGUAAAGAGAGAUUUUAAAUUGGUCCCUUUAAACACAGAAUGCUGUCCUUACAUACGGAGUAAAAACACAUGUCACGCCUCAGAUUACAGAUACCUCAUGUAAGCACAAGUGUGGGAUGGAACAUGUGUUUGCAAGCAUUUCUCCUUAUUUUAAAGCUGCAGUAGGCAGAAUGUUUUUGGCAUCAUUGGGCAAAAAUUCCAUAAUAACCUUUCAGCAUAUUGUAAUUCAAGUGUUCCGAGAGAACUAGACUUCUGCUCCUCGUCGUGGCUCUG